AUGGUUGAGCUCUCACUAAGAAAGGCCAGAAAUAAUUGGAAGCAAAUUUCCUCGCCUACAAAGACGAAGACGCGAUCAAGGUCUCCUGCCAAUGGGAAGUUCAAGUCCAAUCCAUACCAAAACCUCACAGUGCCGUCAAACUACUCUGAGUUGCCGCAAAUUGGUACCAAAGAGCGUAACAGAGUUGGAACAUCCAUGCAGCGCAGACUGUCAUUCCAUAAUCCGAAAUAUGUUCCCCCGUCGGAUUAUUCGUCCGUUCCUCUGCCGCAACUUGGCUCUUCAAGCCUUCUGAACGUUGAGAGUAGUAACAUGCAAGCUAGAUCUCGGUCUAAUUCAACUUUGUUAAGGCCACAACAAGCAGAAGUAAGGGGCGAUCAGUCUCUCAGGCAGAUCCUUAGCGAUUCAUCAUUCAAGGCCAAGGAGUACGUAGCGCACACACUUGGCAAUGCUAGUGCUCUCGAAAUUGACCGCUUUACUUCGGAACUGAACGACUUAUCUUUGGAAGUUUCAGAUGAGAUCAAGGAGAACAUAAAUCGCUCGUACGCUCAAGUUUUACAAGUGAACAAAGAUCUGGACGUUGCGUCGAUCGAGCUGAAGCAGCUACGCUCUAGUAUAAGCGACCUUGAAGGAGUAAUGGGAGAGCUUGAAUCUAUGGCAGAAAAAAAGCUACAAUUAGAGAGAGGACAGGCAAAUAAGGCUCGACCUGAACAGGCGUCAUUAAUGCCACCAACCAAAACUCCGAAGGCGAGAGACCGUACGAGUGUCUUAAUGCUAGAAAAGAUGUGGAAUAACGAACUAGCUGCUUUGUUCAAGUCAGUAGAGGGCGCUCAAAAGUUUAUCUCGCCCUUGUCCGGAAGGCACAUUCUGAUGGAAGCAGCAGAUUGGUACGAAAUCAAUGCAGCAACUCUCAAGCCUCUGAGGGCUGUUCACAUUUUUGUCUUGAAUGACAUGAUUAUGGUGGCGGCCAGAAAUCAAGAUAAAAAACAGCAUGAUUUGAUCGCAUGCCACUGCCAUGCCUUGCGUGACACUAACAUCGAUCCACAGAAGGAUAAUAGAAUUGGUUUGUAUUUUUCAAACAGGAAUCAAUGUUUGAUUCAAACUCAAAAAACAAGAGAAUACGAUCGGUUUGUUAGCAUCGUCCGUGGGGCGAAAGACGAUUUGAAUGUUAUUUCUCAGGCUGAGAAGGAAAAUGCAAGACGUCUUCGCGACUCCUUCUCCUAUCUCCAAGCAACUCAACAGACCCCUGGUAGAGGGCUGACGCUGAGCCCUACUAAGGGGCAUACACGAAAUUCAAGUCUUGGCAACAAUACGGCGCGCAGUCUGAACGACUCUAGUGAUAAUUAUCUGCUUCAAACAAUAGCUGCUACCAUGCAACCUCAAACCCGGUUUUCAGGGGUGGAACUCAGCAGAGGGGCGUUUGGGCGUUUUGAUAAUGAUGUCGAAGACUUCGAUAUAGUAUUUGCAAGACAUGACUACAGAGAAGCUAUUCACAAAAUAGAAAGCCUGAACAAAUUCAUUCAAGCCCUGGCCAAAGAGAGCAACCAAGAUAAUUACAUGGUUUUGAACUUAUUACAGCUGAAAGUCACGUACAGAAAUCAGCUUUUGACUAACAAACUGACACAGUUAGCUUCUACUGAAACAUUUGACUUUUCAAAACUUGUUCAGUAUGUUCAGCAUUUAUUGUUGCUUGGUUACUCUCAUGACGCCCUUGAGCUGUUUUUACAAAACAGGUCAAAGUAUAUUCACGAGCUAAUAUUGAAAGUUGGAUCAACCCAUAACCCUGUCAUUUACCUCACUCAAAUUUCUGUGAUACGAUUCCAGACGCUAAAAAAGGUAGUUUCAAGCGUUCAAGAGCUUUUUAAGAACACGGAUACCAAUUUUUCGUCGGCUCUAGUAAGUUGGUGUGAUGAAGAAGUUGAUAAACACUUUGCCCUUAUCAACAAACAGUUCUUGAAUUUGGAGGCGAUCCCGCCAUCUUCUAUCAAAUCUUCAAGAAGGCAGAUUGAUGAUCUUAAGAGUGUUGGGCUUGACUUUGUUUACAAACUCGACGACUUCAUAAGAAGGAACAGUCAAAAAAUUGGUUGA